AUGGCUGGUUCUUUGGCUACGCGUGUUCAGAUUGAACCCCGCAUAGGACCGAAAGGAAUCGUCCUCAGCCCUCCGGGCGGAACGGUGGUCGUUCAGGGCGAAGAUACCUUGCAGUUUGUAUACGAGCCGCUUGUGCAAGGGAGCUUUCCUGGGAUUGCGACGUCAUACUUGGAUUUGUACAUCUGGAACGAGCUGACCGACGAAACAACUCCUCUUGCGAUCGGCUUAACCGCCACCGAGGAAGAACAGAAUGGGAUUCUUGACGGUCUCAUCACGGCCACCUUCAGCUUCGCUUCGGGAGGGGUAUGUGGUGACUACCUCCAACUGGUGGUGUACGAGUACCAGACGGGAUGGGAGGCUCCGGCAUACGGUUUCCAGAGUGCGGCGCCAUACUUCAGCGUGGUUGACUGUCAUGUGGACGGAAGCCAAGUUCAGCCGGAAGGGGACAACAGUGUAGUGUGGUUCUCCCCGUUGGAGGGCGCAACCGUAGGUGAAUAUGGGGAUCCGCUCCUGCUCGCUGCUUGGACUUUGCAUGGAUAUUCCUUCAAUCCACGGUCCAUCGACAUCGAUGUUCAGCAGAACCUGUACCUCGGGGAAUCUGACGGCGAUCAAGGCGAAUGGAAACCUGUCGUUCGCCGUCUCAACACAUAUAUGGACUUCGACUACGGAGCAUUUGGAGGGUAUUUCCUACCCACUCACUGGGGAUAUCUAGGGGAUUUACGCCUAAGGGCCAUGGUCUACAAUGAAGUGGACGGCGACUGGACCUCGUACAUCGGUUAUCUCAACUUCACCGUGAUCUAUGGCUAUAUUCAGUGA